AAAGAAAAUUCAAGAAAAACCAGAUGACGUCAUUGAAAAAUCCUGCCACCGUCGCCGUCGUGUUCUUGUUCCUCUUAUUGAUUCCGAGCUUCUCGUCCGCCGCCACCGGCGGCCGCGUCGGCGGAAGCUUGUUCCCCUCCUCCUCCUCCUCCGGCAACAAAAAAUCCAAGUCUCCGUCUCCGUCUCCUCCGUCGUCUUCGCGCUCGUCGCGUCACUACCACGCGCCGCCGACUUGUUACUCCUCGUCGUCUUCGCACUCGUCGCGUCACUACUACGCGCCGCCGACUUAUCACUCCACGGCGGCUCCAACCUCGUCCUCGUGGUCGGAGAAUGCCGGUAAGGCGGUCGUCGGUUUCGUCAUUUUGUUGGCGGUUAUGCUCUGCUUGGGGAUCAUGUGGGACUGUUAUACGGAGGCGGAGAAGAGAGAGGGUAAACUAAGCGUGGUGAAGCUUCAGGUUGGUUUGAUGGGCGAGGCGCGAUCACUCCAAAGGGAGCUUAAUCGAAUUACUGAAACUGCAAAUACUUCUACUUCAGAGGGUUUGAGCGAUGUUUUAAAAGGGGCAACAACAGCUUUGCUUUGUAAUCUUCAUCAUUGCAUCUCAAGCUAUUCAUCUGUUAUACGAAAGUCUGAGAUAUACGAUGCAGAGACAUGCUUCAACCAAUUUUCUGAGGAAGAGGCGGAUAAAUUUGAUGAUGUGACCCUUGUCAAUUUGAACAGCUUUAAAACACACUCAGAAAGCCAGUCACCUGAUGAAAUCGACAAAGAAUAUAUAGUGGUUACAAUUCUGGUGGCUACCGAUGGAGUACUGAAGUUGCCCACCAUCAAUGGCACUCGUGACUUGACGAAAGCGUUACAUAAACUUGGAGCCAUUUCCUCGAGCAAAAUAAUGGCAGUAGAGGUCUUGUGGAUUCCUCAACAAGAAAAUGAUACUUUGACUCAGAGGGAACUACUCAAAAGCUACCCGGAUUUGAGAGGCUUUUAUGAAGCACCUUCUGAAGGGCAAUGUGAAGAUCAGCAGCCAUUCUUUGGUGCUAAUGUAAUGUAGCGUAGUGGUUACUAUAGUCAAGGACUAGUAAUUCUUAGCGUGGUAACUCUUUCUGUCUUUCAUACUGUAUAUAUUACCACCAAAAUGAUGUUAGGUUCUUUGUAUGACAUGGUAAAACGUGCUGAAGUUUACUAGUCAAUUCCUAGUUUC